AUGCAAACAGUCAUCCUGCUGCAUGCCAUGCAGAGCAAGCGGUCAUGUCGCGGCAUCAGCUUCAAGACGCAGCUCCUCUACCUCGUCGUCUUUGUGACUCGCUAUCUCGACCUGUUCCAUUUCAUCUCGCUCUACAACACCGCCAUGAAGGUCUUCUUCAUCGCCUCGAGCGCCUACAUCCUCUACCUCAUGAAGUUCCGCUACAGGCCGACCCAUGACCCGGCCAUCGAUACCCUCAGACUAGAAUACCUCUUGGGCCCAUGCGCCGUUCUCGCCCUCAUCUUCAACUACAAAUUCACGCCCAUGGAGAUCCUCUGGUCCUUCUCGAUCUUCUUGGAAGCCGUCGCCGUCCUGCCACAGCUCUUUAUGUUACAGCGAACCGGAGAGGCGGAGACGAUAACGACCCAUUACCUCGCCGCGUUAGCGGCCUAUCGCGCGCUCUAUAUCCCCAACUGGAUCUACAGAUAUGUCAUGGAAGAGACCUUUGACCCGAUAGCCGUCAUCUCGGGCAUCGUCCAGACCGCGGUCUUCUCAGACUUUGCAUGGAUAUACUACAACAAAGUCCUGCACGGACAAAAGUUCGAGUUAUUCGAGUCUGAGCAAGAUCCCUGUCGUGCAGGCUCCCGGCAUGACAGCCUGGCAGCCAGCCUUGUCCCAACCCCAUCAUCAUCACCACUGUACGCUGAGCGCGUACCUAAUCGAGUCUUGACGAACGAGUUGCGCAAUUGCAAGAGCAUAGACUCAGAAACGAGACGAACUUAA